GUGGCCAGACGCGCCUCCUCAGUAGCUCCAGGAGUGACUGUGAUGGCGGGGACCCUCACCCGGUAGAGGCAGAAGGACCUUGCUAUCUGUUGUCCCUCAGCCCUUUGACGCCCAGUUUUAUUUGCUCCACAGUUGGGCUUUGGUCCAGGAGCGCAGGUGACUGGGGUUGUGGGAGGGAGUUGGCCAAGGGCUUGGAAGUCACGCGCGCUUGCGCAAGACGCUACCGCGCUACCACUCACCGGAAGUACGAACCUGAACCAGCAGUAUGGAAGAGCUCCGCUGUCCCGAAGCCAGGCUAGCGCCACCAGAGAUAGUCUUAGCUACCGAAUCCCCGCCACCCUCCCUUGUGGAUCGCUACUUCACUCGCUGGUAUAAAGCGGAUGUUAAAGGAAAACCCUGUGAGGACCACUGUAUACUCCAGCACUCCAACCGAAUAUGUGUCAUCACACUGGCAGGAUCUCAUCCCGUUCUUCAAAGUGGCAAAACCAUUCAAAGUAUUUCCUAUCAGAUCAGUAACAACUGUAGCAGACUUGAGAACAAAGUAUCUGGGAAAUUUAAGCGGGGGGCACAGUUUCUAACAGAGCUCGCACCUCUGUGUAAGAUUUACUGCUCUGAUGGAGAAGAAUAUACUAUAUCUAGCUGUGUUAGAGGUCGGUUGAUGGAAGUGAACGAAAACAUUCUUCAUCAGCCGUCUCUUCUUCAAGAAAAGCCAUCCACGGAAGGCUACAUUGCAGUUGUAUUACCCAAAUUUGAAGAAAGUAAAAGCGUAACGGAAGGGUUGCUGACACAGCAACAGUAUGAAGAGGUCGUGGUAAAACGCACUAACGCCACAACCACUGCAUCCUGAGCCUUUUUAUGGAGGCAAUACAGAAUUCUCACUGUACCUGGCCUAAACCAUCAGUGCACUGAAGACAGCCAGUGUGUAUGAAGCAUUCCUCACAGCUGCCCAGCCAUGGGAGAAGCCUCAGCCUCCAUCUAACCUAAUUUCCCUCCUUUAUCUGAACAUCACAAGCCUUGGUCCCCAUUUGUAUCCAGGCUCUCAGAUCUGCCUUGCCCAGGCACUUGCUUUGUGUGCUGGAAAGUGCACUUGUGGGUGUUUGCUUGCAUAUACAUCAGAAAACAAUUUCAAGUGCUUUUUUAUCUUUGUUAAGGACAGUUUCUUAUUGGCUUGGAACUUUGCCAAAUACCUCAUGUACUUCCAGGGAAGUAUCUGGGUCCUCUGCCUCUUGUCUUCCAAGGCUGGUAUUACAAGUACACACCACCAUACCCAGCUUUAUAUGGGCCUGGAAACCCAAACUCUGGGCUUUGUGCUUUCAAGGUGCAUUAGUUACUGUUCAGUUGUUGUGAUAAAAUACCACAACCAAAAGCAACUUCAAAAGAGUUUGUCUGGGUUUAUUAAUUCCAGAGACUUGAUGACCACAAUAAUGGGAAGGCAUGGUAGCCAGAGCAGGAUACUGAGAGAUAGCACCUCUACCACACACCAAGAGCAGAGUGAACUGGAAGGAGAAUGUGGCUAUAAACUGCCCCUAGUGAUAAACUGCCCAGCAAGACUUCUUGUCCUAAAAGUUCCAUAACCUUCCCUAAACAGUACCACCGACUGGGGACCAAGGGCUCAAAUACCUAGGUCUAUCGGGGGUUCAUUUUUCAUUCAAUCUACAACAUUCUCCCCAUCAUGCCUAUAGGACCAUAGUCAGGUCAUGCAAAAUGUAGUAGUUAGUCCAAUAUCAAAAGUUCUCAUAGUUGUUGUUAACAGUCUUAUCACUGUUCCAAAGCCUCUUCUGAGACUCAAUGCAAUCCCUUGUCUGCCCUGUAAGUCAGAAAGCCAGUUACAUACUUCCAACAUACAAUGACACAGAAUAUACAUUCCCAUUCUAAAAGGAGGGAAGAUGGCAUAGUGAUGAGAUAUUGGACCAAAGAAUAAAAGCAGCAUGAUAAAAGCUAAACCCUGCAGCUCCAUACCCAUUAUCUAAGGGUUUAGUCUCUGAGAUGCCUCUGACCUACCAGCUCUGCUGCCUGUAACAGAUCGUUCUCUAAUGGUUCUGCUCUGUGCAGCUCUGCCCUGGCAGGUGUCUCACAGCUUUGUAUUUCCAGUGUCUUGGGAAUUUAUGCCACAACCCAGGUUUUACCCUGACAGCUUCAUAGUGGCCUCUCAUGGCCUUCAUGCAAAAACUCCAUCUCUGUCACAUGUUUCCUGGCCUCAAUGAUUUUCUGAAGCCAGGAAGAAUCCUGACUUUUUAUUCUUGCAUCUUUUAUGCCUGCAAAGCUAGUACUAUGUAGAAAAUAUUUAAAAAUUAGACUGUUGGCUUUCAUUGCCUUUGAGUACAUCCACAGCAGUUCUUAUAUGGUAUUGCUUUCUCCUAGCAAAAAGCCAGGUUCUUUCACAGAGUAGAAGUUUAUCUGAAAGGAUUCUCACCUUGACCAACUCCCACUGUCCCAGUGUUGAGCAAGAGACUUUUAUUUUAACUCUGAGUUUAACAUCAUGCACCCCGGUCCCUGAUCUCCCUGUCCCCUCAUAUCAGCCCUUUGCCCUUGCAACCUCCUCCCAAAAUAAAACACACACACACA